UCCUUAUCCGCAUCUCUUACAGCUUACACUUUACAGCUUACUUAAGUACUAAUUUUCAGUUUUACGCUUUCGGACAGGCUAGAACCAUUUCACAUUUUAUAUAAGUUAGUAAGUUCAGUAUCAUACUUCGCCGUAUUUACUUUGAGUGAAGCCUGCUAAAAAAAGGUGCGCUGCUUUUAGCGUCGACGCAUCGAUGCUUGUUCUACUUGGAUUUUGCUAGUUCGUUUUUAUUGAUUUGUAUUAUUGCAUUGUUCCGCAAUGCAUCGUCCUCAGUUCGGCGGAAUGGGACCUCAAGGAAUGAACCCUGGUUCGAAUAGCGCAACCGUCCCGCAGCCGUUUUUCGAUAGCCAUCCGGUGGCAGGCAACACGCAGCAGCCGCCUGGUUAUCUUCCAAGUAGCACUACCAGUUCCUUAGCAGCUGCCGGCUCAAAUCUUACAAGUCCCGGUCAGAUGUCUCAAGCUAUCCAUGGAGGUUACCCUGGUGCGACGGCGGUCACGAAUUCUACCGUUGCUUCGAUUCCGAUUGUACCACUUGCCAACACGUUGACUUUCACUCCGUCGGGUUCGGCCAGCUCGGGUGGACCUUCGUUCAGAAACAUCAAAACCACUAUGAAAGCCUUAUCUGACAACUACGAAACGGCCGUUGGGACGCAAUUCAAAGCGGAUGCCGUGUUUCUGCAAAAUUACCUAUCAAAUUUAAGUCUGAUGGCCGGAGAGGGUAGUGGAAGAUUGUCCGACAGUGUCACAGAUGCAGACGAUAAAAUGUUGGCUGAGCUGGACAUUAAACCUGAUGCGGAAAUUUAUGCGCUGCUGCAGGAGUUGUCCACCUUGGAUACCUUCAAACAAACUGCCGCGCAAGCUCUGUGGACCGCACGGCAUCUUCCGCAGACAGCUACCUCUCUUCUCGAUGCUAACUUCGAGCUUCCCCCCAAUUUGGAUAAUCCUACAUUAGUUGAGCUGCAGCAAACUGCCAUCGAUCAGAUAAAUUUUAUAAAGAAAUACCGAAGAGCGUUUGUGGACUGCAUUGCAACGAUGGCGAAAAACGUAGAAGAUCCCACUGAGGCCGAUAUAGAAACUUUUUUGAAAUCUGGAAUAUACAAAUUGCAGGGUUAGUCUUUUUUUUGUAAUUGUUGGCGCUUUACUGCUGGCAUGGAGAGAAAAAUCUGUCACGCUACUGAAUUAAUAAUUCAUCAGUGUCAUGUUUGUGUUUGCAAAUGUCUUUGUACCAGACAAAAUGUUGCUUGGCAGACUGUCCCGGAUUUCUGAUCUGAAUGUUGAGAUCUGGUAUCUCUAGUUCGUACUUUCUUUCUAAAGGGUUUCUAGCAGA